CACUUUUUUAUAUAUGUUUUAUUUAUAUAUUUUUUAAAUUGUGUUGUCUGUGUGCUUUCUUACUAUAUUACCUCCCCAACCGAGUUUUUUAGAUUGAUUGUAUUAUUAGUCCAUGAUCUAGUGAACCAAUAUCAUGAUAUAUUUAUUCAUAGAGACUUCAAAGCACUUCUGUAAGUCGUUCUGGAUAAGGGCGUCUGCCCAAUACCAUAAACUGAAAUGUAAAUAUGGGUGUGAUGGUUAGGGGCCCACAUACUCUUAGCUGUAUAGUGUAUAUUAGAUAUGAAUGAAAUUGAACGUAACCCAGUUGCACAAAGAAGUGCACAUGAAAGUAUUGUAGUUUGAAUGCCUCAAAAUGCAGCAAAAAAAAUAAAAACAGUUCUCCUGUUCUACUGUUUUGUUUUUUUAGGCAUGUCUAGUUUCAUUUUUCCCUCUUCAUGGAUGCUAGAAGAAUGAUUUCUUUCCUCUUCCAAAUUAAAAUGUUUGAGAAUCAUGUUUCUUGUUCUAGGGUGUGAGCAGAUAAGCCCAGGUUCAUGCUGAUGUUGAGUUCAUGGCGAGGAGAUCCAGCAAAUAACAGUGAAUGGAGUGAAGGGCCAAUGAACGGUGAAGGCUGUGAUCUAAGUGUGCCAAGCCCAGCGCUGGCAGGGUAUUUGGGAAAUGCUGAGAAUAGAGGCGUGGUAAGUGGAGCUUGCCCUUGGUGUUCUGCAAAAGGAGAGAGAAAUGUUCUUCGCUCAUAUGCAUUCAACUUUAAAGAGUCCAUCACACUCUGUACCAGUCCGCUGUGCCUUUUCCCUCUAGUUAGCGGGUCAUUGGACAAGAUCCGUGCCACCCUUUCUUCAUCUCAAGACAUACAGGGGUGCAAGAGGAAGUUUUAUCUCACAGAGUCCAAACCUCCUGAUCCAUCACCCAAGCGUUGGAAGAAAGAGGAUCCGGAUAUUGUGUCUGAUGUGAAAUGCCGGAAUGUGGAUGUUGGUGACUGCAGAGUGUCUGACAAGUCAAUCGAAAAGGGACUGUUAAGUAAUGAUCACAAGAAGCAGCAAGAGGUUGAGAAUGCUGACAAGAGUAGUGAGGCCUUUCAUGUCCCUAGUGGGGUUUCAGGAUUGUCUGAUGGUGCACAAAUCAAGGAUCCUGUGUCUAGCAGUCAGGAUAAAACAUGGGAGGUACCACCAUUGGAUGAAACUGUGCAAGAUUUGAUGCAGAUGGUACCUACUCAUCAGCAUUUAUUCUGGAGAAAUAAGGAUAACUUGUGUUGGUUAGAUUCAUUGCUUGUGGCACUUGUACACUCCAGGAUACUUAGAGAAGCGUCCUGUGAGAAUGUGUUUUUGACUGACAAAGUCCCCUGCAAAAAUUAUACUGUGAAGACCCUGUGUGCAACAUACAAGAAUUCAUAUGCAUAUAUUAAAGCCAAGGAACAACAGUGCCACGACAAUAUUGUACGAGUGCCUUCUGAUGAUCUCCAUAAAGUAGAGCAAGAGCUGGAAGCUCUUCGAAUGUCUGCCUUCCAGUUCCUCCAGCCAAAGCUUCAGUGUGAAUUAGGUCAGAAGGAGACGCCUGUCUUUGCCCUCCCUCUUCUCCUAAGGUCAGAUGACUGGGCUAAUAGUCUUUUCCAGCAUACCGGUCAGUGGGAAUUUAGGUGCACAUGCUGUGGAUACAAUUUCAGCACAAGCAUGCAGAGGACUGUAACAACGUUUACACAGAUCACGGCUGAUUGGCACCCACUCAGAGCAGUCCACCGAGCACAGUGCAGCAACUGUCAUAACAAGAACCAGAAGAGGAAAUUGGUCUUACAAAGAAUUUCUUCAGUGCUUGCACUACACUUUGUGGAGGGACUGCCACGGAGAGACAUCUCCAAGUACGCGUUUGAUUUCCACGGCACAAACUACAACAUCACAACUAUUAUACAAUACAAUGAACAACGUGAGCACUUUGUCACAUGGAUCCAUCAACAAGAUGGACUAUGGUUAGAAUUUGAUGAUUUGAAGUACCCUCACUGUAUAACCCACAGGAGGUUUACGCUCCCAGCCAGUCAGUUCCAUCUCGUCUUCUGGGAGGCAGAUUCCAGAGAGGAGUCCCAGCUCCCUGAUCCUCUCCCUGAGAAUACCCCUACUCAGAGGAUCAGUAAGGUGGUUGAUGUCUUUCAAGAUAUAACUAAUUCUGUACCAGAUGACACAUGCAUCGUAGAGGCCUUGACUGGAAAUAAAGACAAUAAUGAGGCUGCUAGUACGUGGAAUUCUUCAAUAGGCAGUACAACACUGCUUGAGACUUUCGAGGGCCUUUCACAUAGUGAUAUUGUUGCGCUGGUUGAGGGCAAAGUAGAUGCUGAAGAAAACCCUCUCCCAAAUUUCCAGGAAACGGUAACAGGGCCAGCCGAGUCUAGCGUCACAGAAGCAUUUCACCUACUAGAGAAAAGCUCUUUUUAUCAAACUCAAUGCAGUGUAAAAAACAAGAAAGGUGGUGCAAAGAAUGUUUCACCUACACCAGAAAUUAUUCUUCCCUCAGUGGUAAAAGCAUCUGAAUCAGCAGACUGUCCAAAAGUGAGCAAGUGUACACCUGCCCUCCACUCUGCAAACCCCACUGCCUCCAACCUAUCAUUCUUAUUUCAUCGGCACCCUUCCCACCAGUCCACACCAUUAAGAGCACCCCUUCGUGCCACGCAUCCAAAAGUUGACUUAAGUAUUGACAGCAACGAGGCCCUCUUGGCCAAGCCUGCUGAGCUCUUUGGUGGAUAUAAAACAAAGAAUUCACCAAAUCCAGUUUUACCUGGAGGAUAUUUAAGGCAUCCGUUUGUGAAAUUGCCCACUGUUCCACAGAAGCCAUUCAGCUGCCCUGGUGGCAAAAUGCCUGUGGGUCCAGUUUCCACACUGAUGAAAAAUUCUAGCCCGAACUUCCCAAAUUCAUCCCCAUCAAAGGUGGUCUUAUCCACUGAAGCUCUCAGACUGAAACUGAUGAAAAGGCUAAAGGCCAAGAAGAAGAAGCUGGCAAAGUUAAAUCAACUGCUCAGUGUAGAGGAAGGUGAGUCUACUCCCAGGCCAGACAGCACGGAUAUUUCCUCGCCAUACUCUGUCACCUCCAGUACAUCAGCCUAUGAUAGCCCAGCAUUUGAUCAUUUCUUUGCUGAGCUUCUAUCACCGGCCAUGAGCACCAGCCACCUGUCACCUGAUAGCACAGGCCUCUUGGAGAUACUAACCACCAGCAGCCAGAGUGCUGAGACAACAGAAAGCAGCUCUCAGGAGAACUCAGUACCAGCUUCUAAGCUUCCAGUUCCUCUUCUAAAUGACCCUUCAUCCACUAAUGACAACUUUCUUGAUGAAUUAAUCUCAGGAUCAAAGGAGCAGCAAUCUGUAAUUGAGAAUGCUGAACUUAAUGCUUUGGAUAUAUUCUUUUGAUCAGUGUUUUAUGUUCUUUGACCAGUAUACAAAAAUUAGUUUUUCUAUCUAGGAAGUCAAAAUUACUAACAAAAGAUCCGCUCUUGUCAAUAGAUGCUAUGGAUUUCAUUAGUAUAUAAAAACAAGCUGCUGUUGGCUCAACUAAACCGCCAGUGUGAGAUCACUUGGCAUCUUCUAUCCAACAUGAAAAGAACAGAUUCUGUAUCAGCAGUCAAGGGCUGAUUCUUACAGAGGCAAAUACUUUGUUGUAAUGUGUAUAGGAUUGUGUACAUUUGAAGUUGAUGUUUCAAUAUCCAGACCAUGCACAAAGUACUGCAGAUUUCUGUAAAACAAAAUAAACUGGAAUAUUUCUUUA